GUGGAUCGAUCCGAGAAGUUGAAGCUAGUCUGUGUUGGGGAUGGGGUGGAAAGUGGAUAUAGUGAUGGAUGAUGGUACCUGCAUAAGGGUUAUGCAUACCAAGACAAUGUGAUGAGCAUAAAUAGACUAGAAGAGACAUGAUGUGAAAAAAAGUGCUAUUGCGACGGGGAUAUACUCAUUUCACCAGCUGGACAAGAUGCAACUCUCCCUAACCUUCCUCACGGCCUUCGCCUCGCUGGCAAUGGCCCAGAAUCCGUUUCUGUAUAAUCCAGGCGAUCUGACGAGCAUCACGGCCGGCUCCUCAUUCAUGAUCAAAUGGGCCCCGUCGACGGGGACGACGGAUACCGUGACCAUCUUGCUGAGGCAGGGAAAUCCAGCGCAAUUGACGACCGUUGAGACGAUUGCUUCAAGCAUAACAAACACCGGCGCCUACCUCUGGCCCGUCCCCGCCUCCCUCGUCAACGGCGCCCUCUACACCUUCGAGAUCUACGACGACCUGAACCACGAUCUGGCCAACUACUCCAAUCAGUUCUCCAUCGUGUCCACGAAUACCGUGACGUCUGUACUCGCGGCGCCCGCGAGUACGAUUACUACGAAUGGACAUGUUACGACGGUUUAUGCGACGGCGACAGCGGCGGCGGUGGUGGGGAGUUCGAGUGUGAGUGGGAGUGGGAGUGGGACGACGACGAGUCCGGUGGAGAGUCCGGUGGCGACGAAGAAUGCGGGGAGUAGGAGGGAGGUUGGGGGUGUGGUGAUGGGGGUUGUGGUUGGGGUUUUGGCUGUUUUGUGAGAGGGUGAGGAGAGGUUGGGUUGUGUAUAUAGGCCCGGGGAUUUUCUUGGGUGUGAGGAGGGGCUUGGUGUAUAUGAGUGUUGGGUUUGAAGAGCCUCUUUUGGACAGAAGAUGAGAUAGGAAUACAUAAUGUUUAGUUACAGCCGUGCGAGGUGCAUGGGUGGAUCUUUCUUUGAGAUACAGUAAGUUAGGGCAUCGGGUUUGUAUUCGGUUAUGUCUAUAUCUUUUGUUACAUAUCACAAGUGGGAAUCUAGUCCCUCUAUUGUGGGAUAUGGCUCGA